AUGGCUGUGGAGCUGAAUGGCUGUGCAUUGGAGGAACUCCUAGCGAUGGGCCUGGAUCCAGACGCUGCUCGGCGGGUGCUUCAAUUCCGGCCCUACCUGUCCCUCGAGGAUGCCCUGAAGGUGCAGGGGGCGGAAGCUGCCGAAGCUCUGAGAGCCUGCACGGUGGAAGCGUCUUUGGUGCUGGCUUCUGACCGCAUCGUGCAGUGCUACGAGGACCUGAAGCUGUUACUUCCCGGAGGCAGUGACAACGUCCUUCGCGCCUGGUUUGGGGACCCGGAGUUCCCAUGGCAAGAUGAGGCCGGCAAGGGAGCUGUGUGCACCGAGUCGGUGAAGCAGAUCCUGCGAGCCAACCGGCCACUGAUCAGCUCCUGCGCUUGCCUUGGCUGCGAUCCCGUUCCAGGGACAUGGAAGCAGUUCAGGGUCGAGCUGAUGACGCUGGAGGGCUUCACGGCCCAGGAGCCCUUCUACCCCAAGCUGUACGAGACCAUGGAGGAGGUACCCUCCAACCCAAACUGGGUGGCCUUCGUGCGACAUGCCCAAGCUGGUCACAAUGUUGACCGUGCCCUCAUCGACAAGCCAGACAACCCACUGACCGAGGUCGGAGUGGCGCAAGCUCUCAAGGCCAAGGAGGGUCUCGCCGGCGAGGCCAUUCGUGCAGCGCAGGUCGUGGUCACCAGCCCGCUGACACGGGCCAUGCAAACGGCGGGCCUGCUGCUGGGCGAGUCAGGCCAUGCCGAGGUGGACGCAGCCAUCAGCGAGCGAUGGAGUGCCCCUUGCGACGAGGGCACGGCCAAGUCGGAGCUGGUCCGUGCAAGACAUCCCGGCCUGGAGGAGAUGUCGGCGUGGAAGGGUCUGGAGGAGCUCCCCGAGAUAUGGUGGCCCCAGCCUGGGGAGGACCAGUGGGGCCGUGCCGAGUCUUUCCUGGAACAGGCCCGCCAGAGGCCGGAGCAGCGAAUUGUUUUCGUCGGGCACGGUGGCUUCUGGGAACGUGUUCUGGGCAGAUACCUGUCCAACUGUGAGGUAGUCUUUUGUGAUCGCUCUUUGGCCUAG